AUGCUAUCGUUUUCGUCGUACUUUGCCCUCGCAGGUUGGCGAAAGACACAUCCUAUUUAUAUUCUUAGGAAGUCUGGGGCCAACAAGGUGUUGUCGGCUCUCGUAAGUGGUAUCCACCAGUUUGGAGGCGACAUCCGGAGACUUCGAGCUCGUCUAAGCAGUGGCAACGAGCUAGCGAUGCUCUCCUGCACCGGCUGGAACACAACGACAUCUGGGAUUUUUGCCGGACGGCUCAUCUGCCUGCAGGAGGAUUUACAGCGCCCAUUCUACGGCAGACCACUGGAAUUUGCUCCAAUGCAGCUUUUGUUGGACCUGAGCCUGCGUGGGCCAUUGCCCAUCCGUCCGCAUAGAAUCCGAAGCAUUGUGCGUCUU